AUGGCUCUGCCGGCGGUCAAAGUUGAAUACAAGACAAUAGAUGGCAUUACCCUCCGAGGAUUGCUACACCCUACGGAGGUGAAAGCACCUGCCAUCAUCAUGACACAUGGAUUCAACUGUGUCAAAGAAAUGCUCUUGCCAGAAAUAGCUCGAAGAUUCCAGGGUAUAGGUUAUAACGCAUUGAUUUAUGAUCCUCGAAGUAUCGGAGACAGUGAUGGACUUCCUAGAAAUCAGAUCAGCCCAUUGCAACAAGCCGAAGAUUUAUCAGACAUUAUAACACACAUCUCAUCUUUGCCGAACGUUGACUCUCGUCGAAUCAUACUUUGGGGUAUGUCCUUUGGAGCAACGGUAAGCGCUUGCACAGCAGCUGUGGAUAGGCGAGUUAAGUCACUCGUAAUGGUGUGUCCCCUUUUUAGCUUCUUUCAGCCAGAAAAGCGAGAAAAGGUUUUUGCACAACUCAUUAGAGAUCGGCAAUCACAACUGCGAGGUAAUGAAGCAUUCACAUUACCUCCAUUUAAUAGCAAGGGAGAAAAUCCAAUGGGGUUUGGGGGAUCAGGGGGGCCAGGCGGAACGGAAGCAUACAGCUUCAUGUCCGCAGUCAUUGAUCAUGGUGCCCCCAAUUUCCGUGACCGUAUCACACUACAGACAUACCAGAAACUGUUUAUGUUUCGUCCCAAGGUACUACUCGACAUGGUUCAGGCGUCAACUCUAAUGAUUGUGCCCGAAUUAGACGAUAUUUCGUCGCCUGAAGAACAGAUUGAAGCUUUUGGGCUCCUAGCAGGACAAAAAACCCUGUAUAUAGCGAAAGAAAAAGGACAUUUGACUGUUCUUAGUGGAGACAAGUCCGAGGAAAUCUUGAGUACCAUGACAGAAUUCAUCAAGACAGCUAGUGAGUUGGAAGCAUAA